AUGAGCCCACAGGAAGAAAGGUUUGAAUUUGAUUGGGUACAGACAGUCACAGGCUCACAGCGACGAAACAGAAGAAGAAGCGAGAAACAAGUCAGUCGGUCGGUCAGGCAGUCAUCGGAAGGGAAGGGCUGCUUACCGGGAGCAGCAGCGGCGCGGUCAGACGGAUCUGCACUCUGGGUACCGGCGGCAGAGGAGAGCGGAGGGGGGAGCAGCGGGCGGCUGUGGCUCCGCGACGCCGACGCCUGUGGCUCCGCGCGCGCGGGCGGGCGAGGCAGCGGCCCGGUGGGCGGCGGGGAAAUGGACAGGCGCAGGCGCGGCGCGAGGAGGGUUCGCCACGGGCGCGGCCUGGCUCAUGGGACUGCGGAGGAGGAGGCCGGGCGGGCGGGCGAGUGCGGCGAGCGACGGGCGGAGGAGGAGGAUUAUAAGGAGGAGAUGAACGACGGAACGGAACAGCACGGAGGUGGGCGGGGGCGGGUGGUGUGGUGCCGCGCCCGGUGGCGGGAUUUCGGGUCUUUUCGGGGUGCUCCCUGCAAAAGUGCCCGAAAUCAGAGCGGACGGAACGAGGGGAUUUGA